AAAAUAAUGUUCCAAAACAGAGCAUAGAGGAGAGAGAGAAAGAGAGAGUGCUUGUUAAGAUCCGCCAUUUUUACGUUUCUCAAUUCCAACACACCCUAAAAAGAAAAAAAAAAUAUGAGAGAUCUGAAGAUGUAAAAGGAAUUUUUUUUCAAGUGAAAGGCAUAAGGGGAAAACAAUGGGGUGUACAUUUUCAGGGUUUAAUGCAAUGUACGAUGCUGCUAAUGGGGGAGGAGACGUUUGGAUCAAUGACAUCAGGUUCAAGAUCGUGAGGCAGUUGGGUGAAGGUGGCUUCGCCUAUGUUUAUCUGGUUAAGGAAGUCACCUCCGAUUCUUCUUCAAUUUCAGCUGGUGGCUUAGCCAAGAAAGUCAAGGACCCUUCUCAUCUAUCUGAUGAUGGAACUUAUGCAAUGAAGAAAGUUCUCAUUCAGAAUAAUGAACAGUUAGAAUUGGUUCGGGAGGAGAUCCGUGUUUCAUCCUUGUUUAGUCACCAUAAUCUUCUUCCCCUUCUUGAUCAUGCUAUCAUUUCUGUUAAGCCUACACAAGAAGGAUCAUGGAAUCACGAAGCAUAUUUACUAUUUCCCGUUCAUUUGGAUGGAACAUUACUGGACAAUUUCAAAGCUAUGAGUGCUAAAAAUGAUUUCUUUUCUACCUCGGAUGUUCUUCAAAUAUUUCGGCAGCUGUGUGCCGGACUUGAACAUAUGCACAGUCUUGAGCCUCCAUAUGCACAUAAUGAUAUCAAGCCUGGUAAUGUUCUUUUAACCCAUAGGAAAGGGGAAUCGCCUCUUGCUAUAUUAAUGGAUUUCGGGAGUGCUCGUCCUGCAAGGAGGCAAAUUCGCUCUCGUUCUGAGGCACUACAGCUUCAGGAAUGGGCAUCUGAGCACUGUGCAGCACCUUUCCGAGCUCCUGAGUUGUGGGAUUGCCCAAGCCAUGCAGAUGUUGAUGAGCGAACCGAUAUUUGGGCAUUGGGGUGCACUUUAUAUGCAAUAAUGUAUGGGGUAUCCCCAUUUGAGUAUGCACUUGGAGAAUCUGGAGGAAGCCUGCAACUGGCCAUUGUAAAUGUACAGAUUAAGUGGCCAGCUGGACCUAAACCACAGUAUCCUGAAGCUCUUCACCAAUUCGUGACUUGGAUGCUUCAGCCUCAGCCUAGUGUUCGCCCUCGCAUAGAUGAUAUCAUAUUUCACGUCGACAAGUUGAUCUCGAAGUUUUCACAGUGAAAUAUCAUAAGAGGGAUUAGGGUGAGAAGGAAAGGGCAUUCAACCAGUAAUGGACGAGUUGAUCAUCCACAUUCUAGCAACUUGUUAUAAACGUGAGUUUCUUCACAAGGCUUCGAAAGACUUCUGAAGUGACAGCAGUAGCAGUUCUUUAUGAAAAAGUUCCAUAGUAAUCCUUUUUGUCCAUGUUAUUCAGAUUUGGGGUAAAUGUUGGAUAUUGUUAUGCUUUUUUCUUUUUUCUUUUUUAAAGUUUUUCCAUAUAUUUAAAUAAUCAUAUGCGGUAUUUAUAUAUGAAUAUGUGUUAGAUUCGGGAGUCUGACACAUGUAUUUUAUUGAAAAUGAAGAGCCAAAGCUUGUUGGAGUA